ACACAACUUACUCCUGCUACAAACACAAACACAACCAUGGCUUUCACCGCUUCCGACAUCUGCAAGAUCAUCAUCGCCAUCAUCCUCCCCCCUCUCGGAGUCUUCCUCGAGCGCGGUUGCGGUGCCGAUCUCUUGAUCAACAUCUUGUUGACCAUCCUUGGUUACAUCCCUGGAAUCAUCCACGCUCUCUACAUCAUUCUGAAGUAUUAGAUUGCACGAGCAUGAUAAGGAGGG